AAAUUGGUGCGAGGAGCUGCCUUUUCACGGAGCGGGGAAGUCGUAGCCACGGAGGUGGCGAAGGAGGAGGUUGAGGAAACGGAGGCGGUCACUGAAGCCAAGGUGCCCGCGGGUGAGGGAUGGGGUGGGGGCGCAGUAGAUGUGGAGGAGAUGGCGGUGACGGUGACGGUGGCGGGUGCGACGUUGCUGAUGGCGAUGGCAGUGGCGGUGAGGCGGCGACAGCCACGGAGACGGCGACGGCCAUGGCAACGAUGUGACGGCGACGGCGACAAUGUGAAGGAGGCAGUGACUGUGAAGGAUGUGGCGGAAGAUAGAUAUAGGGUGGAUGCGUGGUCGUGGGCGGUGGGCUUUGGGCAGUUAGAGGAAGCGGAUGGACGAUUGUCGGUGUUGGUACAAAACAGUGAGUUUUUUGGAAUGGUGCGCAUUACUCAAUGGUCGUCUUCGAGAGAC